AUGGCAGCGGCUGGGGGCCUGGAUUGGGACUUUGACAGUGAGGGAUCAAGCCCAAUGCAGGUAGAGCGAGCCCAACACAGCAGUGAGGGAGAUGACCCGGCAUCUGCAGUAGCGAACAUAUUCAUAGCUACAACAGAAAGUAUCCCACGGUACAACAUUGGAGCUUGUCAGAUCUGUCUGCCAGCCGAAAGAGCUCUUAAUCUGGAGCCAGCUACUGCAGUACAGUUAGAAGCUCCUCAGCAACUGUCUGUGACAGUUAAUUCCACCACACGGAAAGUAAACAUCACAUGGCAGAACAAUGCAAGCGAGUAUUUGAGAACCUAUCUGGAGCAUGAACUAGAAUUUUGGAGUAGAGAAACAAAAGAGCAGGAUGUGAAGGUUAAAAAAGUAGUUAAUGAUAUCCGGCAUCUGGCUAUUGAGGAGUCAGAAUUGAAACCCGUCACGAAUUAUAAAGCAAGGGUUCGCAGCAAACCCUCAACAAUGGACAGUCCUUCCAAACAGAGUAGCCUGUUGUUUGUAGUGCUGUUUCCAAUCUCAUUGGCUGUCAUCAUUUCCAUACUUCUGUACUUCAGGAUUCACAUACGCAUUGUGAAUAAGGUAUGGAUUCAUAUUCCAAACCCGGCUAAUUUUUUCCAGCCACUCUACAGUGAACACAAUGGAAACUUCAAGGAAUGGGUCCACAAAGACCAACCAACCAUUCAGAAAAGGCCUGGCAGUAGCUCAGUCCAUGGGAUGAUGAAGAUGAAGAGAUCCCUGGAAGAUGAAGCUGAUGCAGUGAUUGUAACUCCCAAGAUUGAAGCUGUUUCUAACAUUACCUACCUAAAACCUAUUCCAAUACACUACACAUUGCCACUUAAUCCAAACAGCCCCAAACACAACUAUGAUGCAGAUUCCAUGUAUGUUAAAAAGAAAUGUCUCAUUGAUCCAAGGAAUAGGUUUUAUUCCAAGUCAGUGCUAGAUUAUAGCAAUAGCAUUUGUGGUUUGAGUGGAAGCCAAUCCAUUCUACCUGCUGAGGGUCAGCAGGUUGAAAGUUGGUUGCUGUUUGAGGACCUGGCUAAUGCCACCUUGUUGUCCAUGAUGCCCCAAGAUCCAAAUGGUGAAUACAACUACAGCGAUGACUACUGCACCCUCUCUCACUCUGAUACCAGUCAUGGCCUGGUGCCCUCAAAGAUCGGCCUUCGACUCAGUUCCAAUGGAUGCCAGGCAGAGAAGAGAGAAGCACCUAUGAGUUUGGAUGGAAUUGAUAGUAGCAAACUGCCCUCCAUUUGUACAACACCAACAGAGUAGUAACAGCUUCUAUCCUGUGACUCUGCAUUGAAGUCAAUAUACUCACUGUAUAACCAGAUUGGACCCAUGUUAAGUCUGAAAUGCUGAAAAGUGCCUAAUCAAAUGAUGAGGCGUAGUUCCUCAAGCUUGUCAGCACCUCACCUUUUAGGGCACAUUAUACACUUCAGAAUUCAACAUGGGGUUCAACAAUAUCAGUCUGUAAUUUCUGUUUCUUUUCUUGUUCCAUCAUCAUUUACUUUGACUCUGUAACUCUGAUUCUUCUGUCACUCAAUCUUUCCUUCCUUGCACACAACCACAGACCUUCCAUAUGUCCUUGCCACACCCACACCUUGCUCAAAACCUAUUAUAUCUCUAACUUUCCCAGUUCUGGUAAAAGAUCAACAACCAGAAAUGUUGUUUGGGUUUUCUUGUGGAGCCACAGAAACUCUGCAGGCUUUUGAAAAUGGCAGGCAGGACCAAUUCUGGGAUUCCUGCCCCCAUUCACAUCACACCCAAUUUUUACUAGCACAGGAGAAAGGGGUUGGCAGUGAAUCUGUACCAUGUAUUCCUUACCUGGCUGGCUCAUUGUAGAAUUGGGCAUUUCCUAUGCUUCUGACUCAUGGAAUCAGACCAGCUUCUCAAGGGCUUAUGGUUCAGUGCCCUCAGAACCAUACUGAAUCAAAGUCUGCGUAAUUUAAAAGGCCAUACCCAUGCCCUCUUUGCAAACUCAAUGGCCUCGCAUAUUCUCCAUGACAACCAAACGUCAAAAGCAGAAACUUUUAAAUAUUUGACAUCUCUUUAUCUUGUGUAAAUAAAAAAUUAAGCCAGUGACAAAAUAGAUCUAAGUUACAAAAAGCUACCAAUCAAGCAAUGUCUUCCCUUGAGUGCACCUGUUUCAAUAAACAAAUGGAAGUCUGGCCUCUGGACCAAGCCU